AUGGGUGUAGUUAGUAAUUCAGACUCAAAUGGAUCUGUUCAAAAUUGCAAUGGUUUAGAAGAGAAGCUUGAUGAUCUUCGUCGCCUUCUUUGUAAGGCUAAUGGUGAUCCAUUAAGGAUUGUUAGUGUAGGAGCUGGUGCUUGGGGGAGUGUUUUUGCAGCGUUGUUGCAAGACAGUUAUGGUCAGUUUCGCGACAAGGUACAAAUCAGGAUAUGGAGGAGGCCAUUAAAGGUUGUUGAUAAAGCAACUGCGAAGUAUUUGUUUGAAGUUAUCAACUCUAGAGAAGAUGUGUUGAGGAGGUUGAUUCUGCGUUGUGCUUAUUUGAAAUAUGUCGAGGCAAGGCUUGGUGAUAGGACAUUAUUUGCCGAUGAGAUUCUCAAAGAUGGUUUUUGUUUGAAUAUGAUUGAUACACCGAUUUGUCCUUUGAAGGUUGUCACAAACUUGCAGGAAGCUGUUUGGGAUGCAGAUAUUGUUGUCAAUGGAUUGCCUUCGACCGAAACAAGGGAGAUUUUUGAAGAGAUUAGUAAAUAUUGGAAGGAGAGAAUCACAGUUCCUGUAAUUAUCUCUUUGUCAAAGGGUAUAGAGGCUGCGUUGGAGCCUGUUCCGCAUAUUAUUACUCCAACAAAAAUGAUUCACAAAGCAACUGGAGUUCCAAUGGAAAACAUACUUUAUCUUGGUGGUCCAAAUAUUGCAUCAGAAAUCUACCACAAGGAGUAUGCAAAUGCUAGAAUAUGUGGUGCUGAGAAAUGGAGAAAGGCUCUGGCAAAGUUUCUCAGACAACCACAUUUUAUUGUUUGGGACAAUAGUGACCUUGUUACCCAUGAGGUCAUGGGUGGCUUGAAAAACGUUUAUGCAAUUGGUGCUGGAAUGGUAGCAGCCCUUACCAAUGAGAGUGCUACCAGCAAAUCUGUAUAUUUUGCACACUGUACAUCAGAGAUGAUAUUUAUCACUCACUUGUUGGCGGAAGAACCUGAAAAACUCGCCGGACCAUUAUUGGCCGAUACUUAUGUGACUUUGUUGAAAGGUCGGAAUGCAUGGUAUGGCCAGAUGCUGGCUAAGGGUGAACUAAGUCCAGACAUGGGUGACAGCAUAAGAGGCAAAGGAAUGAUUCAGGGUGUGUCUGCAGUCAAGGCAUUCUUUGAACUUUUGAGCCAAUCAAGCUUGAAUGUGUUGCACCCUGGAGAAAAUAAGCCAGUUGCUCCAGUUGAGCUCUGCCCAAUUUUGAAGACACUAUAUAAAAUAUUAAUAUCCAGGGAGCUAUCAACAAAAGCUAUUCUCCAAGCUCUGAGGGAUGAAAAUAUGAAUGAUCCCCGUGAACGUAUUGAGAUUGCACAAAGUCAUGCAUUCUACAGGCCUUCUCUGCUUGGACAACCUUGA